UGGCUUGAUUGUUUAAAGAUCCCUUGGAAUUGAAGAAUACUUUCUCUUUUUUAUUAUCUUUAGCUUUAUGAAUGAGACAAUACUUAACGCAUCAUUUGAAACAUCUUUAUUGUUCAUGUAUUUUUUAUUUCACUAAUUACAAAAAGACAGGCCUAUUUUUCCAUCAAUGAUUUUAGGAAAACGGGACAGCUGAAUUUCAACUGGUUUCAACAUGUACACCAAUGUUAAAAACAUUGCCACCAGAGUAAGGGGAAUUUGCAACGUCUGACAUAGCGUACAGUGGGAGACAAUUUGUAGGUUUAUUCAUUGAAAAAAAUAACAGAAAAUAUAAUGUCAGAAAUAUUACUCAUCUAAUUUUCAUCAUCAGACAUGGAUAAAAGAAAUGAAGUUGUUUUGCUGGCAGUUGUUCUUGCCACUUUAUUUUGCUCAAUUAACGAAGCAAACGAAUUUUCAAAGGAAAAUGAAAGUUCAGUACAUCAUAACAAGAAAAGUCACACUCAAAAAUUUAAUGAAAACCGGAAAGUAAAGAAAAACGGUAAAAGGGCAGAAGAUGUACCUCAGGAGUCAAGACCAGAGCCAAGUAUUCCAGAUCAAACAGCGCCAAAAAUAUCGACGUCUGGUGCAAACAUGGAUGUCGGACAAGUAAACAUAGUUGGUCAAACAAAAUCGUGCAAUGGAGUUCUUCUUGAGCCUACUUUUGUUCUGACUACAGCAUCUUGUGUUCAUACUAACCACAAAGUUGAUGCAUUUGAUACUAUAACAUUUACUGUUGGAAUGGAAACAAAACCGGUCAAAAAGGUGUUUCCCAAUCCAUAUUGGCGUUUAUCAGGAGAGAGAAAGUCGAACUUUGCUUUGCUUCAAUUACAACAGCCAAUGCCACACAUUAAUGCAGGACGCAUUCCCUCAAUAACGUGGAGCUCGUACAGACUCGAGGACCUGGGAGAUAGUUUUAUUGCUGACUUAAAAUCAUCUAGCUGCAACACAGCUUCCAAAAAAGCUCAAAACAGUGAUGUCAUAGAUCACGUUCAAGACCAAGAGAUAAUACUGUCAUGCGCGAACAAGGCAACAUUUGAUCAAGGAAGUCCAAUAUUUCAAAUAAGAGACAACGCUCCAGUCAUAUAUGGCGUGUAUUUUGGAGACUGUACCGCUGGCUCAUUAGAUCGAGCAGUUAGCGGCUCCUGCGGUGCAAGAAUUACAAAGAAAGUGUUCUUAGACUUCUGUAGGCACUCAUUGAAUGAAAAUGUUCAAUUGCCUGGUUGUGACAAUAAAAUUCUAAAACAAACACACACAAACUUUCCCACAACUGUAUUCUCAAGAGAAGGAUACGAUGCCAUGCUGCUACACAAUCCAAAAGCAACAAUUGUUCUCGCUUACCACAGUUCAGCAUCCAAGCAUUACCAAGAUUUUCUCGAAGAUAUGGAAAUUAUUCAAACAAUGAAGUCGGUGUAUAAAAACUUUCAAAUAGUCACAAUUGACGUGAAUAUUUUACCCGUAAGAAUAAAAAGUGUACCGUUUAUUGAGUACAAGACGAAAUCUAGUGACAUGUUCUUGUCUUACAAUGAUCCAUACGACUUCACAUCGUUCAAGAAGUUUAUGGACGCUUUUGGAAAGGUUGGUGUUCCUCCCUCUGGAAGCACUUCAUUUUUAGCAACUCUACAGGAAGAACUGAUGUUAGAUAACAAAGGAAAAGCUCAACAAUCACUUGCUAGAUCUCAAGAUAAUGUUCUAACAGUGAAAUCAUCGGGAGGAAAACAACCAAAUACACCAAGCAAAAUACAAUGCGAAACAAAACAUGGCUACUAUCUUUCUCCGGAUAAAUUAUGUACAUGUAUGCCAACUCAUUUCGGCGAUGGAAAAUCGUGUAAAGAGCUGCAAUCCGUAAUCCAAAGUAACUGCCAGUUUUUCGUCAAUGAUAAACGUAAGAAUUAUCUUACAAUUCUGAAUGAUGUUAAACGCAACACUUGGUGCGACAAGGAAAUAAACAUUCAAAGUAAAGUGACAGCAAACAAGAAAGUCAGUGGAAAACUACUCACAUCAGACCAUUGUUCUGAUGCAAUUAGAGAAAUUAUCAAAUGUUCUAACGAGCAUCGUUUGAUUCUAAAGAAAAAGUCUUCAAACUGGAAAGAAGAAACUGAUACGCAACGUCAUAGUUUAGUAAAUACAAAGUUGGGAAAGCCUCCUUCAACCUACUUAAGUAACUUUGAGCAAAACACUCCUCCUGGACCAUUAACGAUGCUUCCAAACACUCACUACUACAGUGUACAAGGAAUAAGAAAAUCAAAGGCUAAUCCUUAUUCUGUGUUAUUUGACGGUAAUAAAGGAAUUCCUGUUUUAGUUGGAUAUAAAGUUAAUAACACAAACAUGAAAGGUAUCGACUUAAAUAAAAUUUGGAUGAAAAAUAAAUGGACUUUUAUUGAGAAAACAGGUAUGCGGGUUGGGAGAAACAAGAUCUACAUGAAGCGUAGCAACAUAACACGACCAGAAGCAAUGCAGGAAGGACAACUGAAUAUGAAUCAAAUGCAUUCCUACAACGAUGAAUCAAUGGAUAUUACCUUUAAUCAUCUCAACGCAUUCCCCAUUUAUAGAGAAUUUGCUCAAAAGGUCUGGAAGAAGUAUCAAAGGAAGAUGAUAUCAUAUGCAAAAACAAGAUGCAGCACAAAGGAUGAAAGUGCAGUUUUUAAUGUUGUAAGUGGUUUAUCUGACUAUGAAUUGACUGGUCAAGGUACCACUGCAUUUCUGAAAGCGACAACAUUCUGGCCUGUCGCUUAUCCGGAAGGGAUUUCUCAACCAUUCCUCACUCCCAAUCUCACUGACGGAUUUACAAAAUCAAUAACUAAGCCAAAAUCCGUCUGGACAAUCGGCUGCUGUACAUGGACAAAGAGUGGUGAGAAAAAGGCUGAAACAGUAUCGUUCUGGGCAAAUAAUAAACCUCGUGGUAUAGCAAAGCAUGAAAUACAGCCCAACUUGGAGAUCCUGUCACGAAGACUACAGCCAAAUAAACCUACUUUUCAGUUCUUCCCAGCCAAUCCAUUAUGUGGCUUGGUGGAGAACCAUCACACUUUAGAAUACUAAAUUUAAUUCUCUUAUUGAACCUUAAUUUAAAGCUUUAAUGUGAUUGAAUAAAUUCAGUAAGAGCCUUCAUUUCUAUAUAAAUAUAAGUAUUUGUUUCAAAAGGAAAAUUUUACAUAGUGAUUAAGAUUUAGCUCACAAAUGUUUGUAUUGAGCUUUGUUUUAUCAAGGUUAUUUUUCAUUAAAGAUUUCAAAUGUAAAA